AUGGCGAUCGCCGCGACGGCGUGCGUCUCCGCGCCGACUCUGGAAGCGUUCGCGUCGCCGGUGACGCCGAUGGAGAUCGGCCAAGUCGCUGGAUUGGAAGCGAAUCCCAUCACGAACGCCAAGGCGCUGUUGCGAAACGCGUUGCCGGUGAGCAAUAAGCCGAUUCGCGCCAUUCAGAAGAAGCUCGAGAGCAUCAGCGACGACUUGCGCGUGCCGGGAGUGAAAUUCUCCGGCGUCGAAUCGAGCGUGAACGGCUCUUUGAAGAUUGUCAAGGAGCAACGCGGUAAGAUCGUUGAGGCUCUCGCGUCGGGGAAGAAGGCGGACGGUGAGCAGGCAUUGAAAGAGCUCGAGAGUGUGUUGACGGAUUUCCAAGUCAUCGUCGCUCAAAAGGACAAGCAAGAGGUGCCGUUGCAGCAACAAGAGGCGCUCUCGCUCGUCGGUCGCAUCGAGGAAGAUAUGAUUGAUGGUUUCCCAUUUGACGUCCCCGCGCAAUACGCGGACAGGCCGUUGUUGAAGGGUCGGGCGACGGUGGACAUGCUGGUGAAAAUCAAGGACAACGCGAACACGGAUGGCGGCGUGUUGAAGAUCGUCCUCGACGGUUACAACGCCCCGGUGAGCGCGGGUAACUUUGCCGAUUUGAUCAACUUGGGUUUUUACGACAAGAUGCCGAUCCAGCGCUCCGAUGGUUUCGUCGUACAAAGCGGUAAGCCGAAGGGCGGUGACGGUUUCAAGCUUGGCGGCGUCGAGCGCACGGUUCCUCUGGAAAUCAUGGUGCAAGGCGACAAGGUGCCGGAAUACGAGUUGACGCUGGAGGAACUCGGCCGUUACCGCGACCAGCCGGUGCUGCCGUUCAACGCGUUCGGUACGCUCGCGAUGGCGCGUCGCGAAGCGGAACCGAACUCGGCGUCGUCCCAGUUCUUCUUCCUCCUUCGCGAAUCCGAACUCACGCCGUCCGGCACCAACAUUUUGGACGGUCGCUACUCCAUCUUCGGUUACGUCGUCGAGAACCAAGAGCUCCUGCGCGAUCUCAAGGUCGACGACGAGAUCAUCUCCAUGAAGAUCGUCGACGGCGCCGAAAAUCUCGUCAACGAAACGAAGCCCGCCGUCGACCAAGCGCCGAUCGAAGCCCCUUCCGAGUAA